AUGAGUGCCCCUUUUAAAGUCAGCAGAGGAGUAAGACAAGGUGACCCUUUUUCACUUAUGCUCUAUUGCAUCGCUGUCGAAACGCUGGCCUUAGAAAUAAACAAAAAUUCAGGUAUUGAUGGCGUACCAUUACCUGGCUCUAUGAAGCCUCUUAAGGUUAUGCAGUACGCAGAUGAUACAACGAUCUUUGUAAGAAACCCUUCCUCAAUUGACGUACUUUUUGAAAUACUCACCAACUUUGAAAAAGCUACAGGAUCAAAUAUAAAUAAAGAAAAAACUAAAGCUUUAGCUUUAGGUGGCUUUAACUAUUUAGCAUAUAAAAAAUACGUCCAACAAGAAUACUACCAAAACCACAAAAUAUCGUGGACAAAUAGCACAGGUCUAAAAAUCUUAGGUGUUACCUUCUUUACAGAUUUAGGAUACACAGCCAGCUUUAACUGGCAAAUUGCCCUGUGUAAAUUGGAAAAUAAACUAAAAACACUAAAAUAUAGAAAUAUCUCACUUAAAUGUAAAACAACCUGA